GGUAUCAUUUUUAUUAUAUCCAUUGGAAUAAUGUUAACGGUUGCGAAGGAAACUGAAUUUGAAUUUUGGGGAUUCAUUUUUGUUAUGCUUGCUGCUGUUAUGUCUGGAUUUCGUUGGACCAUGACUCAGAUUCUUCUUCAGAAAGAAGUAUAUGGUCUGAAAAAUCCACUUACCCUGAUGAGCUAUGUAACUCCAGUGAUGGCAGUGGCAACUGCUAUGCUCUCUCUGAUAAUGGAUCCUUGGGAUGAAUUCAGAACAAGCAAUUACUUCAAUAGUUCAUGGCAUAUCACUCGGAGUUGCCUUCUCAUGUUUCUUGGUGGAACUCUCGCCUUUUUUAUGGUAUUGACAAAAUACAUUCUUGUUUCAGUAACUAGUGCAGUAACUGUGACAAUAGCAGGAGUUGUCAAGGAGGCUGUCACCAUCUUGGUUGCUGUCUUUUACUUCCAUGAUCAGUUUACUUGGUUGAAAGGGGCUGGCCUUAUUGCAAUCCUGUUUGGCGUGAGCUUAUUCAAUUGGUACAAAUACCAAAAGCUACAAAAGGGUGAAAUAGGUGAAGAGAAUGGGGCAAGGUCAUCGACAACCAAUCCAGCUGCAAAAUAUGUUAUUCUUGAGGAGAUGGAUGAUCAAGAUGAUGGCCACCAAUCUCUCUCUCUCUCUCUGCACCUGGGCUCUCUCUUCUCGGUGGUGCAUGAAAACAAACAAGGCAGCAUGUUUGGUUUUUUCAGAGAGAAACACAGGGCUUUCACAAGAACAUGCUUUUUUCUCUCUCCCACUUUUCUUUUUCCACCACCCACACCACACCAUCCCUUUCUUUUCUUUUCUUUAUUCUCCACUCACAAAACAUUAUCAUCACCUUUUGCACCUCACCCGUUGCUCCACUUU